CAGCAGCUUGACAUUGCCUUGAAAGGUGCUGGAAGCUCUCUAGGCAUUUGCCAAAGGGGGUGGGGGAAAGGAAAGCCUGUCAAGCAGUACUGCAGUCUCAGCCUAUUCCCAUGCUCGGAAAUGCUGCUGCAACUUGGAGAUUUCCAUAAGGUUUAGCUGUCCUCCAACUUCUGCCACUGGGUUCGUGCACAGAAAGGUCCUGGAGACCCAGAAGGGAAUCUCCUCCAGGGCAGGAGCUUCACCAUCUCCAGGAUUUUUUGUGAAUUCCGUGCUGCGGGACAAAAGGUUUUGUGCAAAGGGCAAGGACACUGCCCAUGUGGAAUGAUGGCUGCUCUCAACCAACGUGGUCCAAGUUGUUGGAAUAUUGCUGGGAAUGAAGUGUGUGCUUCAUGUUUGCUGCAUCUGCCAGCAAGCCAGUGCUCAGCUGUCGCUGCUCCUUCAACCAGCUGUUCAUUUUAAUCAUUGCAUUUAUAACUUUUGUGUACCACAAAUGCCAAGUGGCCAGUCUGACAGAUCUAUUGCUGGAUUUUUAAGAACAGCUAAAGAUCCUUUAGCCUCUGGUUUGGUUUUGUUCUUGUCAAACCAGACUGGAUCUUGAGCUUCUCAUUUUAACUAGCCCUGUUUAGAAUUUUGUUAAAGGGAGGGCAACAUUUGCUGGGAGUCUUCCUAAAGUGGAGUCAAUAGGACUUUGUUCCCUUUAAGUAGAACAGCAUAGCGCGCAUUGUAACCCUGCUCUGCUGUGGGAAACAGACUGAAAGUGAGCUUGCUGUGAAGUGAUUCCAGUACAGCCAGGGGAGAGACAGAAAGGAGCUGGUAUUGCAAUUAGCUGAAUGCUUUGAUAGAUAACAGCAAACAUGCUUUGUGGACUGAAAAAGGAUUUGCAGUCCGACUUGGAUGAUGGCCCUUACGCGAAGGGGAGCAAAGACUCAGGUGGACUGGACACAGCCCUCGUCUCCAGAAGGCAAAGCAUUCCAGAGGAAUUCAGAGGGGUCACCAUUGUGGAGCUGAUUAAGAAAGAGGGAAGCACCCUUGGCUUAACUAUAUCCGGUGGCACAGACAAAGAUGGAAAGCCAAGGGUCUCAAACCUGAGGCCAGGAGGGCUGGCAGCAAGAAGUGAUCAGUUAAACGUUGGAGACUACAUCAAAUCAGUGAAUGGGAUUAACCUGACUAAACUGCGACAUGAUGAAAUUAUAAGCCUGUUGAAGAAUGUAGGGGAAAGGGUGGUACUGGAGGUGGAGUAUGAACUGCCUCCAGCUGCACCGGAGAGCAGCUCUGGCAUUAUUCCAAAGACCAUAGAGGUGUGCCUAUACAAGGAGGGCAACAGUUUUGGCUUCGUGCUAAGAGGGGGAGCCCAUGAAGAUUGGCACAAAUCCAGACCAUUAGUACUCACUUACGUAAGGCCAGGUGGCCCUGCAGACAGGGAAGGGUCCUUGAAAAUCGGGGACAGGCUGCUGAGUGUUGAUGGGAUUCCCCUUCACAGCGUAACUCAUGCCGAUGCGCUGAACAUCCUGCGUCAGUGCAGCCAGGAGGCACUCUUCCAGAUUGAGUAUGAUGUCACCAUUAUGGAUACUGUAGCCAAUGCUUCUGGUCCAUUAUUAGUGGAAAUAGCCAAGACUCCUGGAUCGACACUAGGAAUCACUCUGACAACAGGCACACAUCGGAAUAAACAGGUCAUAGUCAUUGACAAGAUCAAGCCAGCCAGUGUAGUUGACAGAUGUGGGGCCUUGCACAUUGGUGAUCACAUCCUCUCCAUCGAUGGCACCAGCACAGAGCACUGUUCCUUGUUAGAGGCCACUCAGCUCUUAGCCACCACUUCGGAAAAUGUCAAGUUGGAAAUACUCCCUGCUCACCAGAGCAGACUCCCCCUGAAACCUCCAGACACAGUCAAGGUGCAGAAAAGUGACCAUCACCAUUGCUGGGAUCCCUGUGUCAACUACUGCCACACUCACCAUCCAGGGCACUGCAAGACAUCCACCUGGAACCAGACCUCCAGCCAAGAUUAUUGCAAAUCUCUUGUGGCUGCCAACUUCUCAUCGCCCACCAUGAACACGCAAGGUUUCCCCUGCCAGAAUUCGAAUACGUUACCUCGGAGCUCCCACCCCAUGAGCCCGCGUGCCACCAUGAUGAGGAGGAGACAGAGGAAGAAGGACCACAAGAGCUCAUUGUCGCUGGCUUCUAGUACAGUGGGUCCCGGUGGGCAGAUUGUUCACACAGAAACAACAGAGGUGAUCCUAAGGGGAGACCCCUUGAAUGGCUUUGGCCUUCAGCUCCAGGGGGGGAUCUUUGCUACUGAAACCCUGUCUUCCCCGCCCCUCGUCCGAUUUAUUGAGCCCGACAGCCCAGCAGAGAGGUGUGGGCUGCUACAAGUUGGAGAUAGAGUCCUUUCCAUCAAUGGCAUCGCAACUGAAGAUGGGACCAUGGAGGAAGCCAAUCAGCUCUUGCGUGAUGCAGCACUUACCAACAAAGUUGUGCUGGAGUUAGAAUUUGACGUGGCGGAGUCUGUCAUUCCCAGCAGUGGUACUUUCCAUGUUAAACUGCCCAAGAAAAGAGGUGUGGAGCUUGGAAUUACUAUCAGCUCUGCAAGUAGAAAGCCUGGUGAGCCUUUAAUUAUCUCUGAUAUCAAGAAGGGGAGCGUAGCUCACAGAACAGGCACCUUGGAGCCGGGGGAUAAGCUGUUAGCCAUCGAUAACAUCCGACUUGACAACUGCUCAAUGGAGGAUGCAGUGCAGAUUUUAAGGCAGUGCGAAGACCUAGUCAAAUUGAAGAUUAGGAAGGAUGAAGAUAACUCUGCCUCCCUGUUUCCCAUUUCAGAUGAGCAGGAGACGACCGGUGCUAUUAUUUACACAGUGGAACUAAAGCGGUACGGUGGCCCUCUGGGAAUAACAAUCUCCGGAACAGAGGAACCUUUUGAUCCGAUCGUCAUUUCAGGCCUGACCAAACGAGGGCUGGCUGAAAGGACUGGAGCAAUCCAUGUGGGUGACCGGAUAUUAGCUAUUAAUAAUGUGAGUCUCAAGGGCAAACCACUCAGUGAAGCCAUCCACCUACUCCAAAUGGCUGGAGAGACUGUAACGCUGAAGAUCAAGAAACAAACUGAAAGGUCUUAUCCCAAGAAGUCGGGGAGUAUGAAUGAAGUGAGUGACCCAGAAGAUGAACUGACUGACUCUCAGAAAACUAGCAAACUCUCCGAGAUUUACUCCACCACCAUCCCCAGUGUGGAUAGCGCUAUGGAAUCCUGGGAUGGUUCGGGCAUUGACACAGGCUAUGGAAGCCAAGGUACAUACAUACCUCAGGCUGUUGGCAUUGCCCUUCAUCCGCAUGAAUGGAGACCUAGCAGGCAGAAGAGCAGCACCCCUCCUGGGGAUCCCAGGAAGAACUAUCCCUAUCUGGAUGGAAGCUUCAGUGAAGAUGACUGGGACAAACCCACCAGCAGAUAUCCCAACCGCCAAAAUGGCCUCGAGACUGCUCACGAGGAUAGUUUUUGGCGUGUUUUUGGAGAAGCUUUGGAGGACUUGGAAACAUGUGGCCAGUCUGAACUUUUGAGGGAGAUUGAGGCAUCCAUCAUGACAGGGAGCGUGCACAGUCUAGGCCUGGAAGGGAGCAAACUGCUCGUGGACUCUGUUAGUGAGUCUGGGCUGAGCCCACUGAGGAAAGGAAACUCCAACUGCUGCGAUGAAGGGCAGAGCAACAGCAGCAUCGCUCCCACCAAGAAGAAUGAGAGGAAUCUGGAGAUGAAGAAGAUUGAGGAGGUGGUGCAGGAAAUCAUGUCUCCAACCCCUCUCGAGCUGCACAAGAUGACGCUCCACAAGGACCCAGAGAGUGAAGACUUUGGAUUCAGCAUUUCUGAUGGCCUGUUGGAGAAAGGUGUCUAUGUAAAUAUGAUCCGUCCCAAUGGGCCAGCUGAUCAGUGUGGCCUUAAACCUUACGACAGAGUCCUUCAGGUAAAUCGCAUUCGAACAAGAGACUUUGACUGCUGUCUGGCUGUUCCACUGAUUUCCGAGGCAGGAGACAAACUGGACCUAGUCAUUAGUCGAAAUCCCCUGGCACUCGCUGCCAAUGCCCAGCUGGAGGCCAGUGGGGAGUUGGUCCCACAGUCCUUGAGCGUGGAGGUCAAAAUGAGCAUGCAGACACUCUGAGGGAAGACUUGAAUGGAACGUACCUUUGGGCCCUGCCGUGGUGGGAAGCUGAUGAGUAUCCAUUGUGGUUUUCUGUUUUUGCACUGGUCACUGUAAUGCUGUAUGUCACGUAACUUGCGGGUGGGUCUGCAACUCGCUGUGACUCUCGGACCACCAGGCACUGCUCUGAAGGUGCAAGCUAAACCAGAUGAACGGCGUGGACCUUGGUUAAUGCAAAUGGUAAAACGGGCUGCUGAUAACAGAAAACAGCAUCCAGGGUGAUUCACCUUUGGCAGGGCAACCUUCAGUCAUCGUUCAACUCCAGUAGGCCUGAGCUUUCACUGUGCAUGGGUUCAUGGAGAGUGGAUCAUCUCCUUGCCCCUCUAACGCCCUCAUCCUGAAGGACUUGGCCAUCCCUUAAACACACAUGGUGCUAUUUUUUGUGUGUGUGUGUGUGUGUGUUGUUGUUGUUGUUUGCUUUCUUAAUCAUGUACUGGUUUCUUUGAAAGGAAACCCUACUUCAUUUCCCAGGCCUCUUUAAAACACUACCACCAAAUCUGACAUUUGAAAAUCCCCUUUCCACCUGAACAUUCACCACCCACUAGGCAGCACUACGUCCCAUUUAAAGCACAGCUCAAAACUCACUUGCUAGUGGCUAGAUGCACUUUCUUUUGAAAGCUAAAUCCUUUUGAUUGAUCAGCGUCUCUGUCUCUAGCUGGAAAUCCUUCCCUCCUCAACCCACCCCUUUGGAAAUGCAAGGAAGCACUUUGUCCUCCUAGUUGACUCCAAGACACAAUUUGGUUGUCUUUCUUCAUACAUUUUUAUAGAGCGCUUAGUAGAACACAGCAUCCAGGAAAGUCACUGAAUGGCUGUCCUGAAUCACUAGCCCUCUUGUUCACAUAGACCAUCACAGAGAUUCCUCUCAUUGAAAACCUGGGUUGUUUCUCCAAGUAAACAACUGAACAACAUUCAUCUCAGGCCAACUUUGGGGUUAUUUUUUUUCCAGUGUUUUGAAUAAAUAAAUCCUUGUUGUCUCCUGCCAAAUGCUGGCACGAAAAGCCCUCUGCUAGAUUGAUGUUGUGUUUCCAGUUCCCAAGUGUGCCCCAGAUUGGGUCACCUUAGUGCAAGUACAACUGUGUACACCUUUUUAAAUGUCUGACGGGUUUUGGACACUUCCCUGUAGUCUGCCAUAGCUGCCCUCCUUUGCCUAUCGUUAACCUCUCUGUGGUUUGUAAGCACGAUGCCUUUUUCGGUAGCUCUUCCUCACCCUCUAGGUCCCUGCACCCAGCCCAGCUCCUUGUAGAAGAUAUGGGUGUGAUAUUUGAAUUGGUUUAAAAAUUUGCCUGCAGCAAACUAGUUGCGAUGCCAACCAAGGGCGUGAUCUCUUCCUUUCUCGUCUCCAAACACAAAAUCGCUGGCAUGUGUCAGUUUCUUUACAUGGCAAAUGUGAUCACCUGCUCCAUGUUUCAUGUAUUUGCACUUUAUUAUGAUUUUUUAACUGAUGUUAUAAGGGCCUGUUUUUUUUCCUGGGGGAGGGGAAUAUCCUUUUAAGAUCCCUUCUUAGCGGAACUGGGUCUCCUCCUUCUGCUUGUUCUCAUUUUAUUUAUCUAUUUUUGUUGUUGUGUAUUCGGGAUACCAUGUAGUUUUGAAAUGUUCAUUGUGCCACCUAGGCUGAGCCAGGACUAAUUCCCAUGUCUGUACUCUAGCCAAAUUUGCAACUGUCUCUCACAUUCAGCUAUUCGUAGGUGCAACCAUUCUCAUCUCAAGUAUGCAAUAUCCCAUACCAUUGCUGCCAUAACUAGAUAAUGUGCCAUAACUGAUACUGCAGAGCAUUGACAGUAUAGCCGAAAGUGUUUUUAUAUGCAAUAUUCUAAAAGGCGGAAGCUCAGUGUGGCUUCUAAUGGGUUUUUGAUGAAGACUUUUAUUAAAAAGGCUUUAAAAAAACAACUUGGUCCUUGUAUCCCUUCCUAUGCAUUUUGAAUGAUACUAAACUGAAAUGCAUUACUUAAAUGUGUAUUUUUAUCCAUAUAUUAGAGUGUAUUCCUUGUAAAGUAUUUUUAUAUGCUAAUUUUCUUAUGUAUCUAUGAAAGCACAAUAUUUAAAGGUACAGCAUUUCAAAGAAUAUUUUAGUCCUGUUUUGGACCUAUUUGUAAAUCUCUGUAUUUAA